UGAAUGGCAAACUCAAUGAAAACAGCUGUUGCUUCAAAUAAAAUUGUUUACCUAUUAUUUGUGGCGCUCAACCAGUUUUUUGUUUAUUUAUACAAGCGCACAAUGCUUAAAAACAUGUGCAGAGUUUGUGGCAGAUAUGCCGCUUUGAAAGAAUCGUUAAGAAUUUUUGAUAAUAAAGAUGUGCUUUGGAGCAUUCAAGUCCUUACGGGCUUGACUUUGGAAAAUGCAAAAUGUUUGCCAGACCUAAUAUGUACUUUCUGCCAGACUGAAUUGCGCGAAGCGAUCGGGUUCAGCGACAGGGUAAUUGCAGCACAGCAGCAACUCCUGACAGCGUUAGCCGAGGAAGAGCUGAAGAAUGUAUCCGAGGAGUAUAGGACAGCCGUAAUGGAACUAGCUAGCAACAGUUGCGAAAAAUCAUUCAACACAAGCCACUCUGGAACACAAUUAGAGUCAGAUGAGGAGUUGAUUUUAAAACCGCAACUAGAAGCAGACGAAAUGAAUACAGAGGAGCAUCGCAGACAGGAUGAAUUAUUGGAGUACGAUAUUAUAAUAGAUGAUGAGGCAGUCAUCCAGGAGGCUGAAGUACAAGAGAUCCGAGCUUCAGAGGCCAUGGAAAAUCUCACCGAUGAGCCCCAAUGUGCGAUUGCCAACGAAGCCGUUGAUGUUGCAACUACCGAAGAUUAUAUCCUGACUGAUAAGGAGUGGAAUGAAGAGUGUGUGAUAUCGAGCCGGGAGUUGAACGAAGAGAUCGCAGCGCCAAAAAUUGAAGUCAAGAAAAAACGAGCACGAAAAGGCCUCGGAAACAUAAUAUUCGUUUGUGAUGAAUGCGGCAUUCACAUAUCUGGACGCAUGGCCUUUGAACUACACUGCAGACGACAUCGUGGAGACAAACAGUUCCCGUGCGAAGUCUGCCAGGAUCGCUUUUGCACAAGCUCCGAGUUGAAGAGUCACAUGCGGAGGCACACCGGUGAACGUCCCUUUGCCUGUCAAUACUGCGAGCGUAGCUUCGCGGACAACAGUUCCCGGAUAAAGCAUCAGCGCACACACACCAAUGAACGCCCGUAUGCGUGCACAAGCUGUGGCAAGGCCUUUACCGCUCCCUACAUACUCAAGAAUCACAUGCUCAUUCAUUCCGGCGAGCGUGCCUUCAGCUGCGAGCUUUGCAACAAAACCUUUAGAAGACAUACUCAUCUUGUUACACAUUUUCGGUCCAGCGCCCACAAGCGCAAACGAGAGCGUCAAAACAAGGAAAUAAAGAAUACAAGUUAAAUGAUUCCAAGCGC